AUGCAGCACAUCCAGAAUCGGCUUGAACAGUCGAAGGCGGAGGCGAUCCAUGACGACUCAAUCCCACUCCGGCAAGAGCAACAGCAACCAGAGAAGCCCCUACAAAGGCACCCGAAUGAAGAGAAAGGAUCGAGGAAGAUUGGCGAAAGGGGAGACAUAAGUGAUGAAGUCCUUCAGCUGUCUUCAGAUGACUUUCCUCUGGCUGGACAGCCGACAUCUCUAGAAAUGCUUCAAAAGACAACACAGCAAGUCCUCAUGAAAGCGGCCAAGAAGCCUCUAGCAACUAGUCUUGCAGAUGAUCUGUGUGAUCGAUCGGUGAGUACAGAGAGCGGGAAGGAUCUUUUCAGGCAUCGAUGUCGUUACUGUGGGAAAGUGUUUGGUAGCGACUCGGCCCUUCAGAUUCAUAUCCGGUCUCAUACAGGAGAAAGGCCUUUCAAGUGCAAUGUGUGUGGGAAUCGGUUCACAACGAAAGGGAACCUUAAAGUCCAUUUCCAGAGACAUCAAAGCAAGUACCCUCAUAUCAGAAUGAACCCGAAUCCCGUCCCAGAACACCUGGACAAAUACUUCCCGCCUCUCCUAGCUGCAAUGGAAGAAGAAGAAGAAAAAGAAAAGGAAGAAGUAAGGCCAUGUUCCUUCUCCGGACUUUCGAUCGUGAAAAGAGAGAGUAUGGAAGUCCAGGUUCAUCCCGAGUCGCCUGCAAAACUCUGGCAAGAAGCAGAACGAUAUGAAUCUUCUGAUGUGUCUUCUCGCACGAAUAAUGCCUUCCGAUGCCGAAUCUGUGCAAGAGGGUUCCAUAGCCGGGAGGAUAUCUGGAUGCAUAUCUUGGCUCUCCACAAUCCCUUCCCACCUCUGGAAACGUACAUGGAAGAGAUGAGAAGGCCUCGGGAUGAAGAUCGGCCGAGAUCCGCAUCGACAUCGUCCUCGGAAUCUCCGUGCCUUCCUCACGAUUUCAGAAUGCCAGGCAGAAAUUUGCAGUCCCGUUCUGCUCCGCCUUCCUUCCUCACUCCACAACACACGUAUUUAUCCCGUGAAAGACAGCAGGAUAGUGAAGACGAAGAAGAAAAAGGAGAUGAUGGCAGUGGUGGUGCUGAUGGGGGAGAUGGGGUCCUGGAUUUGAGCCGGAAAAAGUCAAGCUUUAUGGAUGCUUCAUGUAAGGAGGAGGGAGCAGAGGACGACAGGGAUCCUGGGAGUUCAGGGGUCAUCACCCCAGGAUCAGUCUCAUCCCUUACCACAACUCCGCUGCAGACAUUCUUUUCCCUCCAGAUGUCCGAACGAGUCGGGCUGCACAGAAGGGCAGUUGGAGUAGGAGGCACAACUUGCAAAUUUUGUCUGAAGACGUUCGCCUGCCAUUCAGCCUUAGCUGUUCAUUACAGGUCGCACACGAAGGAGCGGCCAUUCAAAUGUCCAGUCUGCUAUAAGGAUUUCACCACUAAGGGUAACAUGAAACAACACAUGAUGGUCCAUAAGAAUAAAAAAGCUGACGAUGUGAAGGAAAAAGAAACUGAAGGGUAUAUGAUGCAACUCGAGAGAGAGGAGAAAGCCGCCUCCUCGCCGCCUGACUCCCAGAAUCGCCCGACUGUCAACCCUAUCCCUGAAAGACCUCCAGGAUUCCCAAAGCACAUGUGCCACGUGUGCCACAAGAACUUCAGUUCAGGUUCGGCUCUUCAGAUUCAUAUGAGGACUCACACGGGAGACAGGCCCUUCAAGUGUCCUGUCUGUGGCAGAGCCUUCACCACCAAAGGCAACCUAAAAGUACACAUGGGAAUCCAUAUGUGGACGAAUGGGACGUCGAGACGUGGCCGGAGGAUGUCCCUUCAAUUGUCCUCGCCGUUUUUCACUGCCAUGACCCAGUUGAACAGGAAAUUUCUAGAAUCACACCGAGGGCGAGAACUUUUCCCGAACUUCCUGGGAGUCACUUCAUCUUUCCCCACUCUUCCCAAUACGAUUUCCCAAUGGCCGUGUCUUCCCCUAGUCCAGGUCAAUGGAAUGGAUGCCCUUGUACUCCUCCGUUACAGGAAAGACAAUUCGGGGAAAGAGAAAGGCCAACCCUUUCCAAUGCUCCUCCUACUCCUCCUUCAACUCCAGGCCCGGGUCCGAAUCCCUACAAGCCUUAUUCCCUCAUAA